AUGGGAAACGAUUUCGACGCUAAACCCAUCAAUGAGAUUCACGAAGAUGAAGAAACAGAGCUUGGUUUGAGGGCGGUGAGGCUAGCCAAUUACAUAACCUUCCCUAUGGUAUUCAAAGCCGCCAUCGAGCUCGGUGUCAUCGACACUCUCUACUCAGCUGCUCGUGCUGACGUCAACGGAUCCGGUUCGUUCCUCAAACCGUCUGAGAUAGCGGUUCGGCUUCCCACAACGCCUAGUAACCCUGAAGCACCGGCUCUGUUGGACCGUAUGCUUCGUUUACUCGCCAGCUACUCUAUGGUCAAGUGCCAAGUCGUUGACGGCGAGAGGGUUUACAAAGCCGACCCUAUUUGUAAAUACUUCUUGAGAUACAAUAUUGAAGAAAUGGGCACACUUGCUUCUCAGUUCAUUCUUGAACUCGACAGUGUCUUCCUCAAUACCUGGGCACAAUUAAAAGAUGUGGUGUUAGAAGGAGGAGAUGCAUUUGCUAGGGCUAAUGGUGGUUUGAAGCUAUUUGAUUAUAUAGGCACUGAUGAAAGAUUAAGCAAACUCUUUAACCGGACCGGUUUCAGCGCCGGGGUUUUGAAGAAGUUUCUAGAAGUUUACAGAGGUUUCGAAGGAGUUAAUGUGUUGGUUGAUGUAGGAGGAGGUGUUGGGAACACGCUAGGGUUUAUUACUUCAAAGUAUCCAAACAUGAAAGGUAUCAAUUUUGACCUAACUUGUGCUGUGAUACAAGCACCUUCUUAUCCUAAUGUGGAGCAUGUGGCUGGAGAUAUGUUUGUUGAAGUCCCAAGAGGAGAUGCUAUCAUCUUGAAACGUAUACUUCAUGAUUGGACUGAUGAAGACUGUGACAAGAUUCUCAAGAACUGCUGGAAAGCGUUACCGGAGAAUGGGAAAGUGGUUAUAAUGGAACUAGUUAUUCCCGAUGAGUCAGAGAUUGGUACUGUGCAGUCCAACAUUGCCUUUGAUAUGGAUUUGUUGAUGCUCACACAGCUCUCUGGAGGAAAAGAGAGGACUCGUGCUGAGUAUGAAGCUUUAGCUGCUAAUUCGGGUUUUGCCAGUUGCAACUUUGUAUGCCAAGCGUAUCAUUUGUGGGUCAUUGAGUUUUUAAAAUAG